CUGGCCCAUCCUCUGUUUGGAUAUCAGCCAGCACGCUAACGCCUUAAAUCAAGAAAUAGUUUUCUAUGAUCGACAGAGAUACUCGCAGGAAAAUCCCAGCAAGCAAGAGUCCAAAAGUGGCAGGCUAAAAUCUGGAAUCUCAAUCAGUGGCUGACACCAGAUGAGAGACUCUCUCCUGGGCACACAGAAAACGGGGCAACUUGGAAGGUGUUGAACAGACUGCGCUCUGGCACCACGAGAAGCAGAGCCAACCUUAAGAAAUGGGGCCACAAAGUGGAGUCCACAACAUGCGAAUGGGGAGAAGGGCAAACCACAGACCACUGACCACAAUGCAGCCUGAGCCCUACCACAUACACAAUGGAGGACCUUCUUAUAGCAAUACCAGAGGCACUCAAGUGGACAACUACUGGUCAAAGGACAUUGAGUAAUAUCAUGCCAAGUUUUUUAACUUUGUGUUUUAAAAUAUACUAGCUGUGCCCGGUCACACGUUGCUGUGGUGUUGUCUGGUGUUGUCUGUAUUUUAUAGGCAGUGUGGAAGAGGCCUAAGUGAGGCCUAACUCUGCCUGUCCCCUGGGCUGAGUGGGUUGCUAGGAGACCAAGUGGGUGGAGCUUAGCCUUCAAACUGGCAGCAAUUGGAUACAAACAAUUAUUCUUCUCCCUGUAAUUAGGACUUUAUUUUUCUUUUCUUUUUGUUGUAUCAACCUAGAGGCAUGGAUGAUGGGUUGUGUUGUCAAAUUUCGAGGUUGGGAAGCCUUUAGUUUUGUUGUUUUGUCGGUCGCCGGGAUUCUAUCACUCUUCUAUAUAUAUAGAUUACAACUGUACCCUCAGUUCGCUUCUGACACGAUAGAUAAAUAAAUAACCACUCUCCCAUUGAUUCAUUAACUCAGCUCUAGUUGACAGUGUUGGAAGGGACCCCAAAGGGUCAUCUAGUCCGACUGAGUUACGCCAUGCCGGAAUGGAUCACUAAAGCAUUCCAAGAAGAGAGCCAUUCAGCCUCCGUUUAAAGCUGCAUUAUUUGACUCUUCCUGUACGUAUGCCCCACUCCACCCCACAUGGGAAGAGGUCAACCUGACAAACUUGUAAAUUGUGAAGUCAAAAGAGGUUAGGAAAGCAUAUCUGUGGGACUGAGUCCAGGGUGGGAGACAGAGCUGGACAGAUUCGACACGGCUUUUCUAAGAUCCUUGCAGAAGGUUCACACCCCGAAUGCUCAAAAAUAAACUUCCUCUUGCAAAGCUUUGUUGUUGGAUUCCCAGCCGCUUUCCUCGAAGCGUUUCCUUGUGCCAAGAGGGCAAGGUUCAACAAGCGUGCGGCUUUCUCAGAAUGUUAUUGCGACAGUCUGUGCCCUGUUUUUGGAGAUCCCUGUGAUGGCAAAGACAGGAUGCAGCCUUAUGGAGCCAUGGACCCCAAUGUGAGCAGCAGCAGCAGACCCAGCAUGCUGGACAUCAUCCAGAAGAAGCGGGACGGCAAGAAGCUGCAGGAGGAGGAAAUUGGCUAUUUUGUGAAGGCCGUGACCCAAGGAGAGUUGCGAGAUGCACAAAUUGGAGCGAUGCUGAUGGCCACCUGGCUGAAGGGCAUGGAGCCGGAGGAGACACUGGCAUUGACCCGGGAGAUGGCCACCUCGGGGAGAGUCCUGAAGUGGCCAGAGAAAUGGCGGGGGCUGCUGGUGGACAAGCACUCCACGGGGGGCGUGGGGGACAAGGUCAGCCUGCCCCUGGCCCCCGCCCUGGCCGCCUGUGGGUGCAAGGUGCCCAUGAUCAGCGGGAGAGGCCUGGGCCACACUGGAGGCACACUGGACAAGCUGGAGUCCAUCCCCGGAUUCAGAGUUUCCCAGAGUCCAGAACAGAUGAAGAAGAUCCUGCAGAAGGCUGGCUGCUGCAUCGUGGAGCAGAGCCAGGAGCUGGUCCCGGCAGACAAGAUCCUCUAUGCCCUGAGGGACGUCACGGCCACCGUGGACAGCGUGCCUCUCGCCACCGGUUCCAUCCUGAGUAAGAAGGUGGCUGAGAACCUCUCUGCUUUGGUUCUGGAUGUCAAGAUUGGGAACGGUGCUGUCUUCCCGACCCUUGAGAGCGCCCAGCAGCUGGCCGAGAGCUUGGUGUCAGUCGGGACCCAGCUGGGAAUAAACACCGUUGCUAUCUUCAGCAAGAUGGACAGCCCUCUUGGGCGCCGGGUGGGCAAUUCCUUGGAGGUGCUUGAGUCCCUGGAGUGCCUGGAUGGAGGGGGGCCCACGGACCUCCGCGAGUUGGUGACCACGUUAGGAGGAACCUUGUUGUGGCAAUGUGGGAGAGCUCCCUCUGUGUCUCAGGGCUCUGCUCGCAUUGCCAAAGCCUUGGACGAUGGCUCAGCCCUGGGCGCCUUCCGGGCUAUGCUCCAGGCCCAAGGGGUGGACGCCAACACAGCCAAGGCCCUGUGCCAUGGGACUGAAGAACAGAGGCUCCAGGUUCUGGGAAGUCCUCGGGUCCAGACGGCGCUGGUGGCUCAUUGCGAUGGGACCGUCCAUCAGAUCCUUGCAAUGCCCAUUGCUCAGGUGCUCCAUGCUUUGGGGGCCGGUCGCACGAAAGAAGGCCAGCGGAUCCAGCACCAGGUUGGGGCUGAGCUUCUGGUCUCUGUGGGAGAACGAGUGAGGAAAGGAAUGCCAUGGAUCUGGAUCCAUUGUGUCAGCCUUGAAUUAAGCGAUGCCAACCGAAGCACCCUCCAGAGUGCUCUCAUCAUAAAGGACACGGAGCCCUUUGUCCCUGGACCGAAGGUGGUGAAAACCCUUCUCCCAAAAGUGUCAGAGGUCCCCAGAAAAACAGGCACUUAGGAUUCCCCUGGAUUUGCAGUUAUAGACACAAAUGACAUCUACAAUAUGCAUGCUUCCACUGCACCCCUCUGCUCUUCCCCUGCCUCUGUGCUUUUCAAAUCAAGCACACUGGAUCACUUUCAGCCAAGAGCCUGUGGGUGUUCACUGUUUAUUUUUUAAAAAACAUUUUAAUUCAAGUUUCAUAAGUGUUAUACAUACCCUGUUUCCCCUAAAAUAAGACAUCCCCAGAAAAUAAGACCUAGUAGAGGUUUUAUUGAAUUGCUAAAUAUAAGGCCUCCCCCGAAAGUAAGACCUAGCAAAGCUUUUGUUUGGAAGCAUGCCCAACGAACAGAACACUAGAGCAUGCAGGAUCGGUAACUGUAAGUACCAUAGAGUGUUGUACAUGGAAAUAUAGGUAGUAACAAGAAAUUCUUGAUAGGAUUCAGUUUGUCUGGUUAUGCUGGUUUGUGAUAACAACUACUGUACAGUAUAUAAUAAAUGUUCAUUUUUUGUUCAACAAUAAAUGUGAAUUCUUCUUCAUGGAAAAAUAAGACAUCCCCUGAAAAUAAGACUUAGCACAUCUUUGGGAGCAAAAAUUAAUAUAAGACACUGUCUUAUUUUUGGGGAAACACGGUAGUUAAAAGGAUAAGGGGAGAUGGGUAUCGUGAGGAAGGAAAGGUAAGGAGUUGGGUUUAGAGAUGGAAAGAGGUAGUAGGGAGGCCAGAUUGGGAAGAUAAUGGUAGGGUAAUGGGAGUGGGAAGAGGGAUGGGGCGUUAGGAAUGAAAGUCUUUUGGGUCUUCCGUAUUUUUACUUUUUAUGGUUAAAUAGACCUUUGUUGUUUUAAUUCUUUUAUUUCUUGGUCUCCUUCGUGUAUUCUUUUCUCUGGUACUCCUUUUUGUUUACUUAUCCUUUGUUUUCUUUUUGUAGUCUUCGUAUAUUUUCCAGCUAGUCAUUUUUAACGGUUUUCCUCUGUUUACUUUCAUUAAGUAAGUUAAUCUGACCAUAUCAUAAAUUUCGUCUAAUUUUUCUAACCAGAGAUCUUCUAAUUUCCAGUAUCUAGCAAAGGCUAUCCUUCAUUUUGAUUAAAAAAUGUUAUACUCUCUUUUAAUCCAAGAAGAUAAAAUUCUGGCUUCAUUGGGAAUUUUUUUUCCGGAUUUUUUGUGUUUCCUCAUCUAACACAAAAAUAUUUCCUCAUAUUUUCUUCCAAUAUUUUGUUGUUUCUGGGCAGGUCCACCAGGCAUGGUAAUAAGUCCAUGUUUCUUAUUUCCAGCAUUUGAUCUGAGUGUUUUUAUACAUUAUUCCUAAUGUUUUUUGGUGUAAUGCUGUUCACUGUUUAUUAUUGUUACGAGUUAUUUACAGCUACUCACAUUCAGACUGUCAUGUGGAAGAGAAUGAUCAAAGGCAUGCUUGGCAGUUAUAAAUCAUAGCUUAUCUUUGUGUUGACACCCCAGACAUUGUAUCUGUCUGACUUGACAGGAUGUGUCAUUCCGGCCUGGCCUCUCUAAGCACUGAGUGAUCUUGAAAAAAUAAAACUUUAUUUAUAGCCCACCCUAUCUCCCCAAAGGGACUCAGGGUUGCUUACAACAAAAUAAACAACGGCAAACAUUCAGUGCCGACAGCAGUUGUGAAGAAGUGUAUGAUUAUAUUUUGUUUAUAGAUUAUAUGUGUAUUUAAUUUUGUUUAAACAGUCAGGUUUGGCUAAGUUUAAAAUGGUGAGUAUUUGAAUUGAUAUUAUGUAUGGGGGAAGGUAGCCAUCUUAGAAUGCUAGAACAGGUUACCAUAGCAACAGGGGCGGAGCCAACCGCCGCCUGGAAAGGAAAAGGGGGAAUAUUUUAAAACCCAGGGGCAGUCUGUGAUUUUCUAGUCACAGGGAAGGAUCUGAUUCUUGUGUGGAGAAUCAGGCUGGCUUAAAUAGGAAGAUUUGAGUCAGAUUUAGGUUAGACCAGACUAGGCAAGUUAGGUGAUUUGUCUAGGGUCAGUUAUAGAGUCUGUGAAUUAGGGAACAUUAAUCCCAGGGGAUCCAGGAGGAUCAGGGUUUAGUGUAAUCCAGAGAAAGAAGUAUUUUGAAAGUUUGACCACCUCAUAUCUGUUUGUAACCAUUAAGUGAAGUGCCUUUAAUAAGUUAUAUGAAACCAUCAAGCUCUGUACCUGCAAUAAACUUGUUUUGAUUUUAUUCUAA